AUGGCCCCCGCCAAGGCCCUUAGCAAGGACAAGUACUCGGUCAUCCUGCCGACCUUCAACGAGCGCAAGAACCUGCCCAUCAUCACCUGGCUACUCAACCGCACCUUCACAGAGAACAACCUCGACUGGGAGCUCAUCAUUGUCGACGAUGGCUCACCCGACGGCACCCAGAUCGUCGCCGAGCAGCUCGUGAAGGCAUACAGCCCCCACGUCAUCCUCAAGACACGCACGGGCAAGCUGGGCCUGGGCACGGCGUACGUGCACGGGCUCAACUUUGUGUCGGGCAACUUUGUCAUCAUCAUGGACGCCGACUUCAGCCACCACCCCAAGUUCAUCCCGCAGAUGAUUGCCAAGCAGAAGGAGGGCAACUACGACAUUGUCACGGGCACGCGGUACGCGGGCAACGGCGGCGUCUACGGCUGGGACCUGAAGCGCAAGUUUGUCAGCCGCGGCGCCAACCUGUUUGCCGACACGGUGCUGCGCCCCGGGGUGAGCGACCUCACGGGCAGCUUCCGCCUGUACAAGCGCGCGGUGCUGCAGAAGGUCAUUGAGAGCACCGAGAGCAAGGGCUACACGUUCCAGAUGGAGAUGAUGGUGCGCGCCAAGGGCAUGGGCUGCACGGUCGCCGAGGUGCCCAUCAGCUUUGUCGACCGCGUCUACGGCGAGUCGAAGCUCGGCGGUGACGAGAUUGUCGAGUAUGCCAAGGGCGUGCUCAACUUGUGGCUGAAGGUGUAA